UCUUUGACGUAGUGUUGACAUGUUGUUAGUAACCAUGUGGGUUGUGUGAGCGUGUGUUUAGUAGGUUAAUCGUGUGCUUUGAAUUGUGUAACUUCAGAUUUCAUUGAUAAACUGCGCUUACAGGUGGAGUCGUAUUUUACGUGAUGCAGCACGACGACGUUGUGUGGAGUGUUAUAAAUAAAUCUUUCUGCUCAUUCAAAGUUAAUACCAAGACUCAGAGAUUCUGCAGAAAUGAGUAUAAUGUCUCAGGGUUGUGCAGUAGAUCAGCCUGUCCUCUUGCCAACAGUCAGUAUGCAACUGUCAGAGAAGAAAAAGGAAUUGUCUAUUUGUACAUGAAAACAGCUGAAAGGUCAGCAUUUCCAAAAAAGACAUGGGAGAAAGUGAAACUUUCAAGAAAUUAUGAGAAAGCAAUCCAUCAGAUAAAAGAGAACUUGUUAUACUGGCCAGGGUUCAUUAGGACGAAAUGUAAGCAGAGAUUCACCAAAAUAACACAGUAUCUCAUUCGUAUGAGGAAACUGACUUUACGGAGACAGAAGAAGUUAAUCCCUCUGCAGCGCAAGAUUGAACGAAGAGAGCGAAGGAAAGAAGUUAAAGCACUUGUUGCAGCAAGACUUGAUACUGCAAUAGAGAAAGAACUUAUAAAUAGACUGAGGCAGGGUGUGCAUGGUGAUAUAUACAAUUUCCCCCAGACUGCAUUUGAUAAGGCAUUAGAGAGAGAAGAAGUUGAGGAAGAGCGAGAUGAAGAGGAAGAAGAAAUUGAGGCUGAAGUAGAGUACGAAAAUGAAUUGGAUAAAGAAUUGGAAAAUGAUCAAGAAUAUGUCAUGGCUGGGAGCAGUGAUGAGUAUGAAAGUGAAGGCAAUGACGACAUGAAUGAUGAAGUGGAUUCAGACUCUGGACAUGUUGAAGUGGUAGAAAGCGACAUUGAUAUAUCUGAUACAUCAGAUAUUGAGGAUUUGGCAGCUAAACACAAAAAAAGUGGUGAGCCAUCAACUGCCAGUAAAAAAUCGUCCAAACGCCGUGUUAAAAAGUCUAGAAAGCCUCAUGUUGAAAUUGAAUAUGAGCAUGAAAUGGCUACACCCCUUAGGACAAGCUGAUGUGUAAUGUCCACACACUUACUAUUUAAAUGAUCUGUAAUUUUUGGAUUGUAAAUAAACAUUUAAUUUUUCACAA